AUGUACAAUAAUUCUAAGCUCGGUUAGCCAAUAUUUUAAAGCGAACUAGAAAAAUUCUUGGAUACCUUCAAAUCCAAAGUCCCUAUCCAGCAAUCUCUGAAUUUGAAUUUAGUAGGAAACAUGAACAAGCAUCUCUUAAAUAGUAUUUCAAUGUAAAUAGUUGAAUAGGACUCUAAAGUUGCUAGUGCAAUUCAACUAGUUGAUUCCUUAGACAAAUAUAUUCUAAAAAACAGAUUAGAUGAAACCACAUUCACAUUCAAAGAAUAAUAAUUGGAAUUACUAUAGGAAUAUAUUUUCGCUUUGAAUAACUUCCUAAAGAACCAAUAUAAAAGUAGAAUUACCUAGUCAAAUUUAAAGGAUAUGCUUCAAUUAGUCUAGAAUAAUUAACCAGCUAUUUUAAAGUAGAUUUUCAAGAUCGCGAAAUACUUCAUAGACUUGAGUCAGUCGUUUGUAAAAGAUAAGUUUUUGUACACAAUUGAGAAGGCAAAGUAUCUUUUCCUUGAGUUUGAAAAUUUGAAGAAUUUCAGAGAAAAAAUAAAGCCACUAGAUUAAAUUGAUAUUUAGAUUGACCACCAACAGCACUCUACUUCAGCAUAAAAUGACUCUAAUUCAAAAGUAAGCUAAGUUGAUACUAAGACAUAGAACACCUCAUAAUGA